AUGGAUUCUGCAGAUCUAGAUCCCUCCGUCUCCAUUUCAGCCUCUUCCCCACCGUUUCAACGAGAGACGCGCCCUGAACGCGAUCAACCGCGCCUGGCCCCGGCCCUGCUCUUGUCCUCUCCGUCAGGAGACUCGAGCCCGUCGACCGUCGGUUCCCCCGGUCAACACACCUCACCGCAGAGCAUCUCGCUCGAUCCCCCGCCGCUGCCAUUCCUUUACCGCAACGGAGAUUCUCUGACGUCGUCGCCCGUCAAUCGGAGGCCGGAAAGCAGCAUCUACUACACCACCGCUUGGGGGUCCCCGUAUGCUGCACCGAGUACACGCAGACUGUCAGUGACUCAAAGCCAACUCACCGGUGUCGAUAAUCCAUCUGGAGAAAACUCCCCCGUUCAAUCGGUAGCCAAAUACACCGAGUUUCGUAGAUCGAGUGCCACGAACGAUACGCUUGAGACCGCGGAGCGGGAACUUGCUGGUCAAACCGGAGAGAAAUCUAUUCGGGAUUUUACCCAGGAUUGGAUAAAUCAGUAUCUCACUGGUCAGCCUAGGACCGAGCGAAGCAAUUGGCUCAGUGACGACUCUGGUAGCGAAGCGCCUUCGUUCUUUACCGCGCAAAAUACCUUUGCAGACGACGCUUCAGACGACUGGCUUGGUCUGGAGGACGAUUUCCCAAACGACGAUCUCCUGAAGACACCUACGCUUUCUGACUUUGUUGGGAGGAAAGCUGCGGCUCGUUCGAAAGUCAAGAAGACUCUCCACAAACGCGCGGAUACUUUGCGCCAGGAGGAUUUCUGGGGUUUUGCUUACGAUAAAGAUCCCCCACAGAACAAUAUGUCUGACACACAACCUACCACGGAGGCGGGUUCACCGGUAGAAAAACCGCUUCCUCCGCCGCCGACAGAUGCGAAUGAUGGUCCAUCAAACACAGAACAACCCAUCCCGGCUCCUUUAAAAACACAAGCUUCUGAGAUUAGCAGGUCGGCUACCCAAACUCCUCGACGGAAGAAGAAGAUUUGGCGUGGAAAAGCUUGCAUCAUUGAAUUGCCGUUGGAGGAUAAGAGAGGCUCGGAGGAAUCUGGUGUAAACCUCAUGACACCCGAAGAUGUCAAACAGCGGAUGCAGAAAUGGGAGGAUGAAGGAUACGAUAUCCGUGGGUUCACCAUUGGUGAUUCUGAGGAUCCCUCUGAAACCACCGACCUGGGAGGUCUGAGCCGACCCCUUUACCCCGAACCAUACGAGCUCCACGAGGAAUCAAAGGUCCAACAGCUCGUCGUCAACUUCCCCGAUAGGGCCGUUUGGGAUGCUUAUGUCGCCAACCUUCAAGAAGAGAAGCUCAGGGCUCUCGGUGUAUCAUUUGGUGACCCUGAGCCCGAGCCUUCCAUUUCGCCUGAUUACUCUGUCAACCAGAGCAAUACUCCUUUCCCAGGUCUUGUCGCAUCACCACCCAUUCCUACUGGAUCAGCAGCCAGCAACAACCAUCUUGGUCAACUUCAUACAUUCUCUCCCUUCGGUCAACCUUCAAUUCCUACGCCUGGCUUGGGCUCCAUGGCUUCGCCUUUGAUCCAGACUCCAUACAUGGGCGUGGAACAGAAUAUGAUGGGGGGAUACCCCUUCCAAUUCCAGCCUACACCCCCUGCCCAGGGCUCCAUGACUCCGCAAGGCUUCAUCAAUGCCCGACAGGCAAGCGCUUCAGGAGGUCCAGGCGCCAUGGGCCAAUUUGCAUCCAUGCUCUCGCCAGUCUCACCAAUGCACGAGCAGGGUUCUUUCCAUGCUGGGUUCAAUGACAAGGGUGUCUUCGAUGAUCAAUUCGGCCAUGGUAUGCAUUCCGACAUGCACCAAGAGGGUCUACCAUACCAAACUCCUCAGACCCCUGUCAACGGACAUCCAGACCACUUCCAUGCAUCCAAUGUUGAAAUUGCUCACCCCACGCCUCGUGGACAUGGCCAUAAUCUCAGCGAAACCCUACAGAGAGGGUUGGACCAGAUGCAACAUACCGACUACCACCUAGAAGACUCAAUCGAGCGACAAUUGGAAGAGGACUACCGUGAUGUCAACCAUGCAGGCCUUAAUGCUAGCAUGCUCAAGUCACGCUGGGCGUUGCCACACGACCAGCAGCAUCCCCAAGACGGCUCUCGCCAAGCGUCUCACUCUUUCUCCCAGCACCCCCACCAAUUCUACGACCAAUACCAGCAGCACAAUGGUCACGAUGGCUCAGAUCUCGAUACCAAUCCCAGUGUCUCCGGAACCCCACAGACUCGUGGUGCCAUGCCUAAUCAAGGCCCAUGGCAUGAGGCCCAUCCCAGCGGAAACUCUUAUCAUGGUCACCGCUCGCAGCUCUCUGUUUCAUCGCUCAAUGUGGAAGCCAAGGAAUUCGAUCCUUCGGCAUCGUUCGGUGCUCAGCCUGUGCCUUUCAAUAAUGAUGCCUUCCAGUUUGGCGGCAUGGACCAGCAAGGGUUCGGCUUUGCUCCUCCUGCUUUCGAGCCUGGCAGCAGCAUGAACGGUCCGGUUGAAUCUGAGCCUCAAAACAACAGUGGCUUCAAAUUCUCUACCGCGUCAUUAAAUGUGGAGGCUCCUGUGUUCAACCCCUCUGUUAGCAUCCAGUCGACCGCCAGCGCCGAGCAACCCUCGCCCAACCGUACCAAGAUCUUUGGCGAUAUCGAUAUCAACGAGAUCUCUAAGCCAUCCAAGCAAUCCAAGGCAAUUCCCAUCGUGCGGCCGGAUGAGAAUGAGCAGGAAAACAGGAAAGAAGAACAAAACGUCGAAGAUGACAAAGAUGGCCGACCUGUUCCUACCGAUCGUCACAAGCGUGCUCGCCGUGGUGUGGGCCACGCUGAAGGCGAGGCUAGAUACAGCAUCUCGACGCACCCUCUGGGCGAGGCCGGCAACGUCCAGGCUUCGAGCGCCCUCCAACCUGUCGCCGAGGGCAAGGAGAACGCCAUGCCCGAUGAGAAGAGCCCUGUCGAGCGCAGAGGCACCCCUGCCAGCGAGGCUGAUACUUGGACUUUGUUCGAUGCCAAGGCCGAGGCAGAGAACAGAUCUAAUGCUGCCUCGCCUGCCCAGGAGGAGCCCGCUGGGGAGCCCAAGGAUAUAGUUAUCGUAGAGCGUGAGCCCAAGCAGGCUGCUAUCAGUGAGGCUGCUCCUACAAAGGCUCCUGACCACGCUGCUCAUGGAUCCAAAAGCUCUAUCAAGACCACCAUGCUCUCGCCUACUGCUCCUCCGUUCGAGUUCAAGCCUGCUAUUUCAGAAUUUGUGCCUACAUCAAUCAAGCCUACUGUCUCUGAACAUAAGCUUGUUGAGGAGAAGGCUGUCGAGAAGCCUUUUGGGACUCCUGUCAAGAAUUCUGCUGCUAAGCCUCAAGGUGGUCUUAUGGCCUCUCGCUUUGCUGCUAGCCCGCCCAAGAAGGCAGACACUCAAUCUACUGAGGAGCCAGAGCCAGAAAUCAUCACUCGCGAGCCUAAGGGUCUUGGGUUCCACUGGGACUCUGAGAACGACUCGCCUGAUGAGGAAGAGUUGAACGCAGUCAUGGACCAGCUGAACGAUGACUCCGAUGUUGGCAUUGAAAGACGUAUGACUCCAGCUUAUUCGACUCCCGCUCAUAUGACACCCUUCCAAAACCGACAGGAACACCUCACAGAGUCCAUGGGUGGCCCAACAAAGGAACAGCCGUUUGGUUCUGCAGAGGCCCGCAGCGAAGCUCCCAGUCCCAGCCCCGGCGGUGUCCCCAAGACUUACAAGCUCUCUAUCCCCAAGCUUGGCUCGGACAUCGAUGCCAACAGCAACGCCACCUUCUCUCCUCAGAAGAGCCUCAUCUCUCGUCUCCAGUCCCCUGUUCGCCAGCUUGUCACUGAGAAUGACCACGUUAGCGACUGGGACGACAUGAUCUCUGAGGGUGAAGACGAGAAGUUCAUGAACCGGAACCGCUUCUUCGACCGUCGCAUCAACGACCUUGUUGGUUCCGCCAUUGAUGACCGUCUGGGUCCCAUGGAGCGUGCUCUGGCUGUCAUCCAGCAGUCCGUUGCUUCCAUUGCCACCGGUGCUUCAAGCAGACGCGUCUUCCGCGGCACCUCCGCCGAAAUGGAGGAUAGUGACGCCGAUGACGAAGAUGACAGCGAGCACGAGACCGCCUCUGUUAGAGAUCGGUCGCCCCACAACCUCAGAGAGCGUAAGCUGGAGAUGCUCAAGAACGUCGUUAUGGAAGCGCUAGUUACUCACGACAUUCCUCAGCGUGUGGCGCCACACUCCAGCCACAGCGAGAUGUCCCAGCUUAAGGAGAGCAUUGCUGAGUUGCAAGCUCUGACUAUCAAGAAGCUGGCUCAGGACCCUGUCGGUGACAUGCGUGAGAUUGUCGAGGAAAUGAUGGCCAAGCAAUUGGCUCACCAGGCUCAGUUGACCCCGCGCCUGUCUGAGGCUGAGGAGAUCGGUGCUGACAGUCUCAUGCUUCAAAUCGAUGGACUGAAGAGCAUGCUGCGUCUCGCUGAUGAGCGCGCCGACCAGGAGUAUAAGGAUCGCCGCCAGGCUCAGGACUCUAUGACUGAGCUUCAGCGACUCUUGAAAUAUGCUGAGGAAGACGCUGCCCGUCACAGUGCUGCCGCGGAAGAUGCCGAGUCUCGUCUUCUCCAGUUCAAGGAAGAGAAGAUUCCCCAUUUCGAGAAGAUGCAGUUCCGCGCUGAGUCCCUUGGAGAGGAGACCGAGACUCUUAAGGUUACUAUCGCCGAGCUGUCUACCAAGAACAUUGCCCUUGAGGGAACUCUUGACGAGUACCGUGUUUCUAGUGAUAACUUCCGUCGUCAACUUGAUGCCACAAAGGGGGAGAACAAGUCUCUCCAUGAGACUAUCGAUCACCUGCGGACUCGCAUUGAAGACAGCAUGGUCUCCCGCCAGAACCUUACCGAGAAGUUCGAUCGUCUUCAGGAUGACAUGAUCAGCCUGACUGCCGAUGUCACUCGUGACCAGGCUUCCUGGCGCAGGAAGGAAGAGGAUCAAAUUGCCAAGAAUAACGAGCUGCGCGCCUCUCACGCCCGCGAGUUUGCUAUUCGCGAGAAGCUCGAGCAAGAUGUCCGUCAACUGGAGAUGCAGGAGCGGGAGUCUGCCAAGCUUAAGUUCCUUUACGAGCAAGGCCAACAGGAGAACGGUAGACUGGAGGAACUGAUCACCCGUCUUCGGGCCGAGAAUCACGAUCUUCAAUUGAAAGCCGGUCGCUUCGAGCGCGAGUUCUCCGAGGCUCGUGAGAGCAGCCGUGUCGAAAUCCAGCGUACUCGUACCUCACUGGAGGCUGACUUGGAAGCUUCUAACAGCCAGGUCAACAUCGUUCGCGCUGAGCUUGAGGCUCAGAUUAUUCGUCUGCAGUCUCAGCUUGAUAACAACCGCAUGGAUACUGAUACCUCCCGUGAGCGUUAUGAACUUCUCUUGGAGGAGGCUAGAGACUCGAAGGUUACUGCUUUGGCUGCUAAGGACCUUGCCAUUGAUGAGACUCGCAAGAUGCACGAGCGUGUCCUCAAUGACCUGCGUGAGCGCCACGCCCGCGCUCUGCACAACUCUUCUGAAGAUCGCCAGCGCGGUGAGAACCAUACCAACGAGCGUGUCUCUCUGGCUGAGGAUAAGGCCCGACACUACCAGGAGCGGGUGCAGCAUCUCGAGGAGAAGCUCGAGAUUGCUCAAUCUGCUGCUCGUGCUGCUGCUGAGGCUGCUCACAGUGCCAAGGCAAGCCCUGUGCCAUCAUCGGCACCAACUCCAGCACCGACGCACUCUCGGUCUACGCCCUCCAUGUCAUACAGCAAGGGAUCUGGCGAACCCGAGCGUAUCUCUCCCCAAGCUCUUCGCGAAUCUAUCUUCGUUCUUCAGGAUCAGCUCCAGCAGCGUGAGACUCGCAUCGAGGAACUCGAGCAGGAGGUUUCCACAAUGGACAAGGAUGCCCCAACCAAGAUCAAGGAGCGAGACACCGAAAUCACCUGGUUGCGCGAGCUUCUAGGCGUCCGCAUCGACGAUCUCGAGGAUAUAAUCAAGACUGUCUCCCAGCCCAAUUUCAACCAACACGCCGUCCGCGACGCAGCCAUCCGCCUAAAGGCCAACCUCCAAAUGCAACAGCAAGAAAAGGAACGCAUGACCACCGGUGCUCUCCCAUCCCUCUCAGACCUCGCCGCCUCACCCCGCUCCCUCCCCCUCGCCGCAGCCGCAGCCUGGGGAAACUGGCGCAAGGCCCGCGACAACACUGCAGGCUCAUCCGAGCAGACCCCAUCGAAACCAAGUAACGCGGGUACGUUCCUCUCGGGUCUCCUGACACCCCCAAGCUCGCAUGUCCGCCAGAACGCACCCCGGACUAGCGCUGCUGCACGUUUCGCUGAGACAAGGCCCUUGAGAGGGUUCACUUCGACCCCGAGACGCGGCUCUGUUCGGAAGGAUGUUCCUGUCCCUGAACCGCCCAGUACCCCGCCUCUACUUCGUCGCUCGAGUUACGAUCAUGAUGCCGAGCCGGCAAAUUACGAGGAAGGACACUUCGAUGAGAAUGAGAGUACUGUUGAUGGCAUGGUUUCUGCUUCGCCGAAGGGUGCUGAUGAUGGUCCUUUUGGGCCUCAGAUUGAUGAGGUUGACGCUGAAGAUGAAGAUGGGGAGGCUGAGGCUGAGCUUGAAGGCCCGGGCGAAGAUGAGCUGAGCCCCAGUCCUGCUGAGCAUGAGUGA